CUCCAUUCGUCUACCAUGCGGUUGGCCUGGAGUCUCCCCUGGUCUGUGCUCUGGCUACUGGCUGCUCGGCUCCCCUUGACUCUCUGCCUCCGGGAUGUGUCGAGGGAUCAGGAAGUUUCGGUUCUUGAACGACUUGCUGAUGAUCUUUUCUCGCCCUUCACAGAUGACUAUGAGAAUGAUAACUUGCUCCACUACAAUACCUCCUACCUGAUCCACAGUAAUGGACACCCACUGCCUUCGUCUCACGGCGAGGCUCUUGAUGCCCUCAUAGUUCUCCUUAACCAGAAGGCCUCUAAGAGACAGGCUGUUAGCUCUGUUCCUGUUGAAAGCCUCCCUUGUCCUUUCUGCCCUACAUGUUACCCAGGUCAGCCCUGUCCCCUUAACUGCCCACAAACCCCCUGUCCAACAUGUUACCCUGGAAGUAUGUGUCCUCUUGGGUGUCCAGCCACUCCAUGUCCUCCUUGCUACCCUGGAACUACCUGCCCAAGGGGAUGCCCUGUUACACCCUGUCCUGAAUGUUAUCCUGGAUUCCCAUGUCCCAUUGGCUGUCCUGUUAUUGCAUGUCCAUUUUGCUACCCUGGAACUCCUUGUCCUCCAGGAUGUCCACAGAUAGCUUGUCCUCCAUGUUACCCAGGUGAGAAAUGCCCUCUGGGUUGUCCAGCUACACCCUGUCCACAAUGCUUUCCUAGCACUCCAUGCCCUGCAGGCUGUCCAUUAACUGACUGUCCUACCUGCUACCCAGGAUCCCCUUGUCCUCUAGGCUGUCCAAUCACACAAUGUCCCUUGUGCUACCCAGGGGUGCCCUGUCCUGCUGGAUGUCCUGUCCUCACUUGCCCUGAAUGUUAUCCUGGAUCUCCAUGUCCUGCAACAUGUCCACCAACUCCCUGUCCACCAUGUUAUCCUGGAGAGAAAUGCCCAAGAGGCUGCCCAAGUACCCCAUGCCCUAAUUGUAUCCGUGGUCAGCCCUGUCCCCCCGGUUGUCCCCCUGGCCCCUGUCCACCUUGCUAUCCUGGAACAGCCUGUCCUGUAGACUGUCCUGUGACCCCCUGUCCUACCUGUUACCCAGGGGAUAUGUGUCCUAUUGGAUGCCCUCCGACACCAUGUCCAGUCUGCUAUGGUGACACAAAAUGUCCUGCAGGAUGCCCAACUUACCCCUGUCCUGAUUGCUAUCCUGGCAAUGCCUGUCCUUCUGGCUGCCCUCCCACUCCCUGCCCAGUUUGCUUUGCAGCUGGCCCUUGUCCACCAGGUUGUUCAAGAAAUCCAUGUCCUGACUGCUACCCCGGAUAUCCUUGUCCUUCAGGCUGCCCUCUGACACCGUGUCCUACCUGUUACCCUGGGGACAAGUGCCCAGGCCAAUGCCCCAUCAUUCCUUGUCCUGACUGCUACCCAGGACAGAGCUGUCCGGAAAAGUGCCCUUCAACCCCAUGUCCUGACUGUUACCCGGGUGAUGUAUGUCCUCUAGGGUGUCCCUAUACACCAUGUCCUGCUUGUUACCCAGGGCAGAGUUGCCCAGUAGGAUGCCCCCAAACGCCCUGUCCUUCCUGCUUCCCAAAUACCCCUUGCCCUGUAGGCUGCCCCAUCACCCCAUGUCCAGAAUGCUACCCAGGAGAGAGAUGCCCUCCUGGCUGUCCAGAAACACCUUGUCCUACCUGCUAUCCCGGUGACCCUUGCCCAUGGGGAUGCCCAGUCACUGAGUGUCCUGAAUGUUACCCAGGUCAGGAAUGCCCGCUGAACUGUCCUGUACUGCCAUGUCCUACCUGCUACCCAGGAGAACCAUGUCUAGGCAACUGUCCUCCAACAGAGUGUCCACCUUGCUAUCCAGGCUUCAGGUGUCCUUCAGGAUGUCCUGAAACGCCUUGUCCCUCUUGCUAUCCAGGUCAGCCAUGUCCCCUAGGAUGUCCUCACACACCUUGCUCAAUCUGCUUGCCUGGCAAGCCAUGCCCCCCUGGGUGUCCUGUGUCCCCAUGCCCCCCAUGUUUUCCAGGUGAAAAGUGCCCUGAAGAAUGUCCAGUGACUCCCUGUCCUGAUUGUUACCCUGGAGUUCCAUGUCCUAUUACUUGUCCUCCUACACCAUGCCCUCCUUGUCUACCUGGAGAACCAUGUCCCCCAGGAUGCAGUCAGAGACCUUGUCCUACUUGCUAUCCAGGAGUUCCAUGUCCUUCUGGCUGUCCCCUUACACCGUGUCCUCCUUGCCUUCCUGGCCAGCCGUGCCCGGUGGGAUGUGGUUCCACCCAAACUUGCUAUGACUGUCCCUCUGGUCCCCCUGGGGCACCAGGAGGCAUUGGGAGGCAAAUUCCAGGGCCUCCAGGACCCAGGGGGCCACCGGGGCAGGGAUACACAGGUCCGCCUGGGCUCCCAGGACCUCCAGGAACAUGUACCACCCAAAAAGCUCCAUGUAUGAAUUGCUGCCCAACAGAGGUUGACCUUCAGAAAAUUAUUCAGAUUUCCAAGAAGAAAAAAGUGACUUCUAAACAAGAGUCAUGUAAUUACGACGUAGAUGAACUUGAGGCAAAACUGGUGUCUUUGACAGGAGAGCUCGAUCGACUUCGGGCUCUUGAGGCCAAAGUAAAGAGUCAGAGCAACCUUAUCAAACAACUUGGGAACAAUUUCAGAGCACGUGACUUCAGCGGUGACAAAGGCGGAAAGGGCACCAAGGGCUUCCAAGGGCUCCAGGGCGAGGGAGGCGCGGCCGGGACUCACGGUUCCUGCGACGAGGUUUUCAGCGAACUCGCCAAGGGCCCCUUAGGUCCUCCUGGCCACAAGGGAGGCAAGGGCGAGCCGGGGAAACAAGGGGACUGCAAAUGCCGUGGAGAUCGUGGCGAGAAAGGUCAACCCGGAAAGGAUGUCAAAGGUCGUCAAGGUGACCAAGGUUACAAAGGUCAAAAGGGCGAAAGGGGAAUUUCGUCCGACUUCAGUCUAGGAUCCAAAGUCGAAGUGAGGAAAUCCGCGUCGCAGAAGAGAACAUUGGUUACGUAAGAAAACGCCAUGGCGGAUGAUACAGCGCCCUGCAGCAAGAGCGAAUGAACGAAGCAAGCAAGUUACUCCUAAUAAAAGGAGAAUGCAAGCAAAAAACACUUUAUAGAAAACGAAUAGUGUAUAGGGUAGACAUUUAUAGAAUCCAGAAAACACUUUUGAUGUUCUCAACUCCUAUAAUUGUAACUUAUAAAGGCAAUGGCUGAAAGAAGACAAAUGUGUAUUCACUCCCUAAAAUCUAUCCUUACCUACAUUAAAUAUCAUUUAUGGUGAUUCCUAUCCGUGCAAUGCUGUGAAAUAAUGGUUUGGAUAUAUGACUGUGAUGGGUUAGGUCUUUAACGGAGUAAAUCGUUUUGUUGUUGUUUAAAACAGAUGUGAUUUAAAUGUAUUUUUCUCUGCUAGUUGUGUUUGAUAAGAGCGAAGAAUAUAAAUAAAUGAACUUUCCCCA